AUGCCGCCCAAGCAGUCUGUAGCGACAGGCUCCAAGCCUCGUGGUCGGCCACCGUCCAAGGCCGGGACAAAAAACCGCGCCGGCGACGCCGCGGCCAAGAAGGCAUCUACAGCGCGGAAGGCGGGGGGCAAGACCGUCGAUGAGGACGAGCCAGAGGAUGACGAGCCGACACGAGGAAACAAUUCGUCGGAUGUCGAGAUGGUUGGGGCCCGAGACAAGGACAGGGACCAGGACGUAGAUGAGUUUGCGUCGGACGGCGAGGACGAGCAGCCUAAGAGGAUACCGCCCGAGCUGCUCCGCAGGCUCCUGCAUGAGGCUUUUGACAGGGACACGACGCGCGUGUCCAAGGAAGCCAACGCAGCCGUGGCAAGGUACUUUGACAUAUUUGUUCAAGAAGCCAUUGCAAGGACGGCGGCAGAAAGAAAUGGGAGGUUUCUGGAGGUUGAGGACCUGGAAAAGGUUGCCCCUCAACUUUUGCUAGACCUCUAA